UCAAAGAUCAGCAGCCAUGAGCAUGCUCAGGCUCCAGAAGCGCUUGGCCUCCAGUGUCUUGCGCUGUGGCAAGAAGAAGGUCUGGCUUGACCCAAACGAAACCAAUGAGAUCGCCAAUGCCAAUUCCCGCCAGCAAAUCCGCAAGCUGGUGAAGGAUGGUCUUAUUAUCAAGAAACCCGUCACCGUGCACUCCCGUGCCCGCUGCCGCAAGAACACACUUGCACGUCGCAAGGGCCGGCACAUGGGUGUCGGUAAGAGGAAGGGUACAGCUAAUGCCCGUAUGCCUGAGAAGCUGUGCUGGAUGCGUCGUAUGAGAAUCCUGCGCCGUCUGCUGCGUCGUUACAGGGAAUCCAAGAAGAUCGACAGGCACAUGUACCACAGUCUGUACCUUAGGGCCAAGGGUAAUGUGUUCAAGAACAAGCGUAUCCUCAUGGAGCACAUCCACAAACUGAAGGCUGACAAGGCUCGCAAGAAGCUCCUAGCUGACCAGGCAGAGGCACGUCGCUCUAAGACCAGGGAGGCCCGCAAGCGCCGUGAGGAGCGCCUGCAGGCUAAGAAAGAGGAGAUCAUUAAGACUUUGUCCAAGGAGGAGGAGACAAAGAAGUGAACCUCCAUGUUUCCCUGACCACCCCCUUUUCAGUCCUAAUAAAAUACAAAUAAAACAA